AUGACCGGGGCCUUGGGGGACUGUGAUCUACUUGGCGAUCAAAGGGCAUGCUUGGCUCACAAUGAUGAGGUGACUCUGGGCGUCAACGGUGUCCCUUCUUCUCUUUCAGAGCCCACAGUGCUCGAGGGCCGAAGUGGGCUGAAUGUUGAGAAAAUCAAUGAGCCACUGCAGAACUCCUUGUCCGGAACUGCACAAGGUCCGAUCAAAUGGAUACCAGCUGCUAGCAAACCCACCGCCACCAUUGCCCUCCCGAGGCGGACGAAGAAACCCGCGAGCAUCAGAACGGACACCGCCUCUUCAGACGAGGAGCCUCUGGUUGAUACGACUGCCGCAUUGGCCUUGCACUCCAAGAAAACCGCUCGCUUGCAACGGAGACAUCAGAAGAAGCAGUCGGCGCGGAAAGUCCACUCGGACAUUCAGUCGCUGCUUGACUUUCCAUCGGAGUUGCUGUUGCUGAUGCUCAGUUUCUUACAGCCCAGCGACAUAUACAGCCUCCUCCGUCUCAACCGCUCUAUGCGAAGAUUCAUUCUGGACAACGAGACUGCCAUUGCCGACAGCAUCAUGUACCGCCGCUACUGGGUCCUACGUCAAUGCUUCCCACUGCCCGUGAUGCUGGACAGAGUCUCCGAUGCCGCCCGUCCAGCGCUCCUGAGCCAGCAGUGGCAAGACCGUCUGAAGAUACACAAGAAUCCCUACCAGCAUAUCAAGCAAAUCGACCCCUCAUUCGUCUGUACCUGCAUGAGCUGUGUCCUGGCCUGGAACAAUCUGUGCAUCAUCCUUGACCUUGCGCACUGGCAGCCAAACUUCGACAAUCGCGAACCUCUUCCCAUUAUCCCUCGCGGUCGGAACCCCGAGUGGAAUGUUCAGUUACUGGAGAAAAACGCUCAAAUUGUCACGAAGGCCAUGCAGAGCUCGCUUACACACGCGCGUAUACUCCAAAAACACCUCGCCGUCACUACACGCACGAUUCUGCGCUCGGGGAGAUGGCGGAGGAAGGGUGACAAGACAACGCCGGCGCCGUCUCAAAGACCGCGCCUCUACCACCUCACGGACGAGGAGGCCGCGGCGGGGACGGAUGAAUUUCUCGAGCGAAGUGGACCACCCAGCUACCAGCCAAUCUAUAUGCGUGACAACUACUACAGUGUCGAAGCGUUUGUCCCCAAUCGCAAAUGGGAUCGGGAUGAACAGCGGUGGCAGUAUUAUUCGAAAUGGCCGAAGCCGCAUGAAAAUGAUCUCGCCUGGCUCGUGGCAAGGUUUACGCCGUCAGAGUGA